CCCACCACACUCCUUCCACAGCCCACAUACCAAACCAAACCUCAACCAUUCCCCACCAUCUCUUCUCUCCUCCAAGGUGGUGCACUUCACCCACCUGACCUACCCCUUUUUUCUGUUAAUCUUACUCCCUGAACUCUCGGCCACUAACUUCUUCCAUGGACAAGAGUACGGAGAAAGAAACCCAUGACUUCAUGAACGUUGAAUCCUUCUCUCAGCUCCCCUUCAUCCGCCCCGCACCGGUUAAAGAAAAGUGCAUUAAGCUUUUCGGCAUAGAAUUUGGCGGUGACAACCCUGCGGGUGCCACAGACUACUCCGAGUCGGCUGAGACCAACGCAUGCGAGGACGCCAAGGAGCACAACGAGAACGUGGAGAGUAACCGCAGAUUUGAGUGCCAUUACUGUUGUCGAAACUUCCCUACCUCACAAGCCUUGGGCGGCCACCAAAACGCGCAUAAAAGGGAACGCCAGCACGCAAAACGCGCGCACCUUCAGUCGGCCAUGAUGCAUAGUAGUCUCUCUGAUCCGCAGGUCUAUGGAUUUAUGAAUUACCGCCACGGCUCCGCUCCAAUGCCGGCAUUGACUUAUCCAUCUUGGAACCCUAGUAAUUCUAAUACCAUUAGUACUGCUGGUAAUGGUAGCAGGUAUUAUGGAAGCCACGGCCCAUUUUCUCAGCCUGCACCUAUAAAUGGGAGUCCUUUGGCCUUGUGGCGAAUCCCUGCCGUCCAAAGUAACCCUACUUUGAAUCGGGACCGUUCGUUGCACCCGUUGCCAUUGUUUGCUGGAGAUGAGAUGAAGCACUCACAGCUUGGCGGGUCUAGUUCUCAAAGCAGGUAUGUUUACGAAUCGAAGUCGAGCGUGCAGGCCGACCAUGUGAGUUUGGAUCUUCAUCUGUAGCAGUACGAUUCGACUUAUAAAGAAAUUACUAGAGAUUUAAGAUUAGAUCGAGCAGGCAUGCAGUCUUUUAAUAUGCAAAUGAGGCAAUUAAUCCAAGAGACACUCAUGACUAGCUAGUAACUCAUGUUUUCUAUAUAUUAACAGCGCAGUUUUAUAAAAUUAGCAUGACUAGUUGAUAUUGCUAUGUAAAUGAAACGAAUUGAUUGUUUUAUUUCUUUGAAUGUCAGACGUACAACUAGCAUAUUAAUUCCUCUUGUUCAGAAUCUUUAACCCUUAAUUUACAAUUAGUAAUGCAUCUUUAGGUUAAUGAGUAGUGAAUCUUUUUUCUUUUUUCUUUUUUCUAAAGCAUAAACUAAGUUAUAAAUUGGCUCUCAAGUAAGAGAUCAUGAGUGUUUUCAAAAUACAAACCGGGCGAAUUUCCCUAAUUAAUACUUUAUUUUGUAAAAUUCCUAAGAAAACAUUUUGUCUAGUGAAAUCUAUCUCUU